AUGGUCAGUUACCGGAUCACCAUUCCAAGGCUCAACACUGUCGGUCACUUUCAUAUCGCCAGUCAGUUUCGUAUUCUUCCUCUCACCACAAACACCCUCUUCAAGUCCUAUAAUGUGGUUUCAGUCGAUUCAGAUUCCCCUUUGAGGCGACUCUCAAACUCCCAAGUCUCCGCCUGCAAUCCCCUCUCCACCAAUGUCCACCCUCCGUCCCCCGCUUCCGCAUUUCCCCGCGACUUUUCCGCUAUUUCCUCCCGCUCCUACCCCACAAAUCGUCGGCAUCCCCCUCUCUUUCCCCACGUCGCCUCCCCUUCUUUGCACCCCUCGCUGUUUCCCCCUCGCUGUUUCCCCCUCGCUGUUUCCCCCUCGCUGUUUCCCCCUCGCUGUUUCCCCCUCGCUGUUUCCCCCUCGCUGUUUCCCCCUCGCUGUUUCCCCCUCGCUGUUUCCCCCUCGCUGUUUCCCCCUCGCUGUUUCCCCCUCGCUGUUUCCCCCUCGCUGUUUCCCCCUCCCUGUUUCCCCCUCGCUGUUUCCCCCUCGCUGUUUCCCCCUCCCUGUUUCCCCCUCGCUGUUUCCCCCUCGCUGUUUCCCCCUCCCUGUUUCCCCCUCGCUGUUUCCCCCUCCCUGUUUCCCCCUCCCUGUUUCCCCCUCGCUGUUUCCCCCUCGCUGUUUCCCCCUCCCUGUUUCCCCCUCGCUGUUUCCCCCUCCCUGUUUCCCCCUCCCUGUUUCCCCCUCCCUGUUUCCCCCUCGCUGUUUCCCCCUCCCUGUUUCCCCCUCGCUGUUUCCCCCUCGCUGUUUCCCCCUCCCUGUUUCCCCCUCCCUGUUUCCCCCUCCCUGUUUCCCCCUCCCUGUUUCCCCCUCCCUUUUUCAACCUCCCCAUUCCCCGUCCCUGUUUCCUCCGCCCUGUUUCACCCUCCCCAUUCCCCGUCCCUGUUCCCCCUUUAUAUCCCUCUCCAUCUCCCUGCUCCCGUUUCCUCUUCCAUUUCAUCCUCGCCAGUCUCUCCCCCCUCCCUUCUCCCCUCCUCCCUUCUCCCCCCUCCCUUCUCCCCCCCUCCCUUCUCCCCUCCUCCCUUCUCCCCCCCUCCCUUCUCCCCUCCUCCCUUCUCCCCUCCUCCCUUCUCCCCCCCGCCCCGUCCCCUAACCAUGGGGCGCAAGCGCGCAGCCCUCCCCCGGCUGCUCUCCUUGACCUCACUGUUCCCCUUCCUUCCCCUCUCCCCCUCCCCGUUCCCCCUCCCCUCCACUUCCCCUCCCUCCCCCCCCUCAACCCCGUCCCCUCACCAUGCAUCGCAAGCGCGCAGCCCUCCCCUGGCUGCUCUCCUUGGCCUCACUGUUCCCCUUCCUUCCCCUCUCCUCCUCCCUGUUGCCCCUCACCUCCCCCCUCCCCCUCCCCCCCCCUAG